AUGGUCCUGGUGUCUGGGCUGGCUGCACUCCAGGUGCGCCGCUGGCUCUGGGGGGUGCCCAGUCUGCUGCAUCCGAGUGUGGUGGGGGUGGUGGAGGGGCCUGGAUUUGGGGUUUGCUGUCAUUUUCCCUGCUGGGGAUGUCUCCCAUGGGUGUCCCCCCAUGCCCACAAUGAGUGGUUGUCUGGUGGGGGUCUGGUCCUCCUGAGUGUUGUUCAGGCCUUCUGCCUUGGGAGGGAGGAAGUGGCUUUCAGGUACUUGGGGCCCUGCGCUCUGCCUGCCCUGGAUGGCUGGUGCCUUGCAGGGUCAGCUGUCAAUCUCGGCCUGCCUGACGAUGGGGGGAUCUGGCUGUGGCCUACCUCUGCCAGCUUCUAUUCAAGCCUGCCUUUUCUGACCAAUCACAGAUCAAGCUCUGUUAACAGCAGCUGGCAGUCUGAUGACGUCUCCUUCUUCAUUAUCCAGGGCCUCGCCAGCCUUGGUGAAAAAAGGAUGAUACUUUUUGUCAUCCUGUUGCUGGGUUACAUCAUCAUCCUGGGUGGGAACAUCAUGAUCAUCUUUGUGACGCUGACUGAUCCAAAGCUCACCUCCCCCAUGUUCUUCUUCCUCUGUAACCUUUCGUUUGUGGACAUAUUCUACGCCACCACCACCAUCCCCAAAACGUUGUCUGGCUUCCUGUUUGACAGAUUAACCAUCUCCAUCCCAGGCUGCUUCCUCCAGAUGCAGUUCUUCAUUCAGCUCGGCGUUACUGGCCAUGGGAUCUUGACUGUGAUGGCGUAUGAUCGCUAUGUGGCUGUCUGCAACCCUCUGCGUUACACCGCCAUUGUUACCCGACCCGUCCAAAUGCUCAUUGUUUUAGGAGCCUGGGGAUUCGGGACAUUGUGCAGCCUCCCUGCUACUGUGAUGGGUGCGCGGCAGCAUUAUUGUGGUCCAAAUGUGGUCCGACACUGCUGGUGUGACCCAUCAUCCGUCAGGCGGCUGGCGUGUACUGACACCUUUGUGGAUGACAUUGUGUCGGUUUCCAUGGCCCUGGUGGCGCUGCUGGCCACAGGAGUCCUCACCUCUUAUGUCCUGAUUGCUGUCUCCAUAUUCAGGAUGGGUGUCUCUCAGAGGCUGAAGGCCUUCGGGACAUGUGCCGCCCACCUGACUGUGGUGUCCAUUUCUUACAUCGCAGCCUCUUUUGUAUACAUUUCCUACCGAGUGGGAAACUUGUCACCAGAGGUACGGAUCAUUGUGGCUGUGCUGUAUACUACUCUGAUUUCGUUCCUGAACCCAAUAAUCUACAGUCUGAGGAACAAAGAGCUGCAAGAGGCCAUCAGGAGGUCUCUGAGCAGGUUCAGACCUGCAGCCGUCUCAGCGGUGAAGUCCAUCAACACCGUGACCUGA